AUGGAGAGCGGUGGAGAAGCUGGCGGUGUGGUCGUCUUCGGCUUGCCGGGUGGGGCGGUGACUGAGGCUGAGGGUGGUCGGGUUGCUGUCGGCCGGCGGGAGUCUGACAAUGGGAAUGUGAUUUGUGGAUUCCGCGGUCGCUCCCGAUAUGAAUUGGUAGAUGCCGAGAAGAUGACGACGAGAACCCAUGUCGGGAGCUACGGGGUCCACACCAGGAAGCCAGAAAAAAUUGUCGUCCUCCGUGCCCUAAUGAACCCUAUUACUGAAUCCCUCGGUCCACACGGCUCGUUAGAUCUGGCGGCCGCCGCGACCCUGCUGGAAUUGGACUGCUGCGGCGGUGGGGAAGGCAGCGCGUAG